CCCCGGGUCAAAGCCGGAGGUGGCUCGGGCGAAGUAAACAGAAGCGGCGCUCAGGAAAGCAAGCAGGCGCCGUUUGCCUCCCGCGCCGCAGCGUAAGAAGGGCCGCAGCUGCGCUUUCUCUUUCUCCCGCCUCGCGGCUGGCGGCCGCCGCCUCGCCAUUAUGGGGAAGUCGUUCGCUAACUUCAUGUGCAAGAAGGACUUUCACCCUGCCUCCAAGUCCAAUAUUAAAAAGGUAUGGAUGGCAGAACAGAAAAUAUCUUAUGACAAAAAGAAACAAGAAGAAUUAAUGCAGCAAUAUCUUAAAGAACAAGAAUCUUAUGAUAACAGAUUGCUUAUGGGAGAUGAACGUGUCAAGAAUGGUCUAAAUUUUAUGUAUGAGGCGCCACCUGGAGCAAAGAAAGAAACCAAAGAGCAGGAGGGAGAAACCGAAUACAAAUUUGAAUGGCAGAAGGUAGCUCCGCGUGAAAAAUAUGCUAAGGAUGACAUGAACAUUAGAGACCAGCCAUUUGGCAUCCAGGUGAGGAAUGUGAGAUGCAUUAAAUGUCACAAGUGGGGCCACGUAAACACAGACCGAGAAUGUCCUUUAUUUGGUCUUUCUGGAAUUAAUGCAAGCUCAGUUUCCAGCGAUGGCUCAGGGCCAUCAAUGCACCCCUCAGAGCUAAUAGCGGAGAUGAGAAACAGUGGGUUUGCACUGAAACAAAAUGUACUGGGGAGAAACUUGACCGCAGAUGAUCCAUCCCAGGAAUACGUUGCAAGCGAGGGAGAAGAUGACCCAGAAGUAGAAUUUCUGAAAUCCUUGACAACUAAGCAAAAACAAAAACUUUUGAGAAAGCUAGAUCGCCUGGAGAAGAAGAAGAAGAAGAAGAGGAAAGACAGAAAGAAGAAAAAGCAGCAGAAGCGAAAAAGUAAAAGUAAACACAGAAAACACAGGAGCAGAUCCUCUUCCACAUCCUCCAGCGAAUCUUUGGCAAGCAGCAGUGAUAGUGAGACCAGCAGCCAAGAUAAAGUCCCUUGCAGAAAAAUGGAUUCUCAGAAAAAAAGAAGAACCGAGUUUUCAGAGACUGGCAUCAGUGAUUUGGAUGAGAAGGGGAAGAAAAAACUUUAUAAAGAUCCCUCCAGCAGCCAUGAUAACAAGGACAAACCUAGAGAGAAGGAAGAUCGUUCUUGGGAGAACAGCAAACGGGGCUCCUGUGAGAGCAGAAGAAAGCCCGCAAGCAGGAAGGAAAACUCAGAGGGGAGAAGAGAAUUGGAAAGAUACCGGCACGCAAGCAGGAGCCACAGCAAGCGGGAGAGGAGCCGGCCAGGCUCUGACUUGAGGCAGCGGGCUGACAGCCCCAGUGAGGAAUGCAGCAAGAGGAAGGAAGCAAAAAGCCACAACUCAGAGGUAAGCAGAGAGCAAAGGAGGCGUAAAGAGAGCCACCCCGAUGAAUACAGUAAGAGGGAGCACCGGGAAAGAAGCAGAGAGAGGCAAAAAUAGAGAAUGCGGGCGACGGGCGCAUUUUUUUCUUUCUCUUUUACAACACCUCUUGGGAAGGGCUCCUGUCACGCUCUUCUGCGUCUCGUGAGUUCUCAGAAAUAUGUCGGCCCCAUGCUUCAAACGUUCUUGUGCAUAUGUUGCACCUAUCUUGUAAACAAGUAACAAGGCAAUAAACACAAGCUAGGGAUUUUCUUGAUACGCCCCUCUUCUCUUGGGAUGAUUUGAUUGUGGGGGUGGAGGGAGGCUAUUUGAUCCACCUGACUUUCCUUCGUGAUAGAUAUCAGUGUGCAAGAGAAGGGCUUAGUACUGGAGUUUCAGCAAUACAUGUGUCUGUCAUUGGCUAAUAAAUUUAGAAAAGUCUUGCAAGAAACAAAAGAAGCUCUUCCAGGCACAAUGCUUGCAUUUAAUGUAGCUUGGGAUAAAAUCCCUGUUACAGGCCAUAAAAACUGGAUUAUUUUGAUCUGAAUUUUUCUUUUCGUUUCUGAGGACAGUUUCACAGCACAGCACCAUAGUUCAGCAUAAUCCAAUAUGUUUUGACCUUGUGAAAGUAUAACUUCAUCACAACUAUCUAAGCAUUUGAACCCCUAUGGGUAUAUAUAUGAUCACAGUGUCAAGUUAUUUUUCAGUCAUUUUACAGCACUUGAGAAAAAAAAAAAUUGUGUUAAGAGUUUCUAAGUACAGUGUGCUAUAGGAGUAUAAUGUCCAUUCCAGCCCUAUCUUGUUAAACUGCAGUUUAUUAUUGUUAAGGCUUGGAGGAUACAGGUAGUCCUCAUUUAACAACUGCCUCGUUUAGUGACUUUGCAGUUACAGCGAUGAUGAAAAAGUAACUUUACAACCAGUCCUUGCAUUUACAGCCUUCACAGGUCUGUAAAGCGAAGGAAAGAUCAUAAGAACAAUCACGGUUUCCCUUAGUGACAGCUUCACUUAACAACCAAGUUGCCAGUCCCAAUUGUGGUCACUAAAUGAGGACUACCUUUAUUUUCUGGUAUCCUAGUAUCUAGUAUAGUGUGCUGUAGAAAUACAAUGUCAGUUCCAGUCCUGCCAAAUUUGGAGUUUAAUGCUCUUAGGGUUUGGAGGAUAUUUUUAAAAUUAGCUAUUAUUAAGGUAUAAACAUAGCAAAUAAACUAUUCAUUUGGGGAAAAAUUA